UAAUAUGGUGUCCUCUCAGAUUUAUCCUCGCACUUUCCCUCUUCGAAAUUCAGGGAAAUUCCCGCGCAAAUCCUUCUCCCGGAGUUCAGAAUUUUCCGGAAGCAACAGAGGACGACGAAGACGGCGGUCACCUGCCAUGGCGUCGUCUUCGCUGUUGGAAGGAGAGUGGGAGGUCUGCAACGACAACGGGUUCGUCUACAAGCGGCGGAAGAGAGACACCUCCGCCGCCUCCCACACGGUCGUUCCUCCCCUCCGUCGUCCUAUCCCGCGGAGGAGUCCCGGCUCAGCAAGGAGCUGAGGAAGAAGGCCCUUCUGCAGUUGAAGGAUAAGUACAGCCGAGAGAUCGAGCAGUGGGAUCAGCUGGUGCUGAUGUUACAGACGACCAGGGAGAAGGCCGAGUCUUCAAUCGUCGAUUGCAGGCAAAUCGCUCCUGCCGGUGAUGAAGUCCGACCUCCGCCAGCUCUUCAGGACAGUGCAUGUAACGUCUUGAUUGAUGACCUUCUCUUUCAGGUUGAAGCUCAGGAAUCGAUUCUUCAGGAUCUCGAUGGGCUCUGCGCCACUGCGGAGGCUAUCUGUGAUGCACACGAGGAAUCAAUCAGGCAAUCGUUGUUCGACCUCCCUGUUUGGGCGGACCCACUCUCUAUCGUGAAAGAUUUGUCCGUCCUCAAUGCGGACAAUGUCCAGGAAGAAAAUACCUCAUAAAAUGGAGCAAUGGCUAAAAUACUGAGGGAAUCUGAAUAUAAAUUUGUGCAUAUUUAGAGUUAGAUAUUGAACCAAAUAGCUAUGUUAGUAUUAUGUACUAUGUAGUAUCACUGAUGACAUGAAAAUAUGCCACUGGCCCACUGGUAAAUGCAGAAUGCCUCCAUGUUUCUUAACAUGAGAAUGGCAUAGCAAGGUAUGAUUAGCUGUUGAACGCCUCAACAUUUGAUAUGUUGAACAACAGUGAAGGCAAUUUAAAAAAUCAAAGUAUCUGAAUGAAUAUGUUGAGCAUAUUGAUUUGUUCCGUGCUUGUAAAAUGAAAGGUUUCAAUGGUCUAGAUUUUUGCAAUCUGUGUUUAUUUGAAUUAAAUGAAGGUUUUAGAACCUAGUGAUUCAGGAUUUGGCUCAGUGUAAAUUGACUUGUGACUUACUGGGUCAACUUGGUUACUUGGCCUGGUUUUGUCAACUUCAUUUUUGCAUUAUGAUAGUCCUUUAACUUAUUUUAAUGUUGAUAUAUUAUAUAUAACAUGUAUAAUAAUGUAUAUGCGCAUAUAAAAUGCAAGUUUUAGUUAUAUGUUUGCCACAAUUACAUUAUUAAUAUGUGUAUAUGCAUCUUCUAAGUAACGUGGUGAAUACUUGAUUGCGUGGUGUGUAUCUACAAUUUCUAAUCUCAUUUACGUAGUUUGUUUUGUAAUAUACACACUUACACUGUAUACAUUAAUGACUCAGUUAAACCAACCUGUGACUUGAGUGACUUUACCAAAAGUCUGCUGACUUAGCUGAAACUCAGAUGACUAGGCCUGGUCAUUUCAUGACUCAGAUAGUUGUUGCAGGUUCCUGGUUUCUCUAUUUUUUGAUGGGGUAGGAUUGAGUCACCAAGUCGACUUGGCUGGCUUGGCCAAAUUUUUAAAAAUAGAAAUAAAUAGAUGAAAAUAGGUACAUUAGUAUUUCAUAGUUGCUUAGGUGGAGCAUAUGUGGGAAAAGUAAUCUUAACCGUUAAUGUCCAGACAGAAAAGAGAGACAAUGAGAAAGAGAAUGAUGUAGCCUCUAGUUUUCUUUGCCUGAUCUAGCAGAAGCCUUGGGUAUAACUUUUGGAAACGUGAGCAAACUUGAGAUUCUUGCACAGAAAGAGUUAGAAAAGAGAAGUGGCAGCCAUCAGCCAUCAGAUGUGCAGCUGCAUUAUUUUGACUAUCCUUCCAAACUACAUUUACCUGAUACCAAUAUUACAACUGCAGUCAAGACUAUCAAUAGAUAAACCACACCUCUAUGAUAAUUGACCCAUGUUAUCCAUAUCACUCCAUACCAUAGUAUUUUGGCUGAUGCAUAUCGUACAAGGCUGAUACAUGUUAUUUAUUAUUUAUUAUUUUUUCAUUUUACAUAAUAAAUAUAAUUUAUUAUGGACGAACAACCCAUGCCAAUGCCAACAUUCAAUGAUUAUCCCAUUUAGUGACCUUGUUCUCUGUGCUAGGAGGGUUGAGAAGAAUUAAAAAAAUCUUUUAGUAUAUAUCGUGCAAAGAGAGAAGAUGGAUGCUUUCUGGUGAAGAAGGUUUGAAUCUUUGGAACCUUUUAGAGCCACAAAUUUUUAUGUAGUUGUACAAUGCGAGGGAAUGAAGAGCCCACAUCAAACAGGUUUUAGAUAUGCACAAUCUGCUAUUAUUUGUUCCUUUUAGCAUUCAUAGAAUGGGCUUUGAGAAUCCUAAAUCUUGAGCCAUGUAAAAUUUUUGCUUUUAUGCCUUAUCAAAUGCUGAACAGAAAAUGUUGAAUAAGAUAUGCGGUUUUACUUGA